GUAUGAUCUCCUGGAACUUGACUGUGCAGCUCCAUGAUGAUAGCAUCCAUUUUGUAUAAUUUUGUACAGUUGUCCACUAAAGAAUGGCAUCCACUAAUGAGGCAAUUGGUCAUUGGACAACGGGGAAGAGUCUUUAUAUUUCCUAGAAAUUGCCCUGUUUUUGUACAACAAAUAGGAAAGAAGGACUUGGCAAAUCUUGUUACACUGAAUGAAGAUGAACUUGAAGAGCAGUUUGUACGAGGAAGUGGGCCUGGGGGUCAAGCUACCAAUAAAACUAGUAAUUGUGUUGUUCUGAAACAUGUUCCUUCUGGGACUGUAGUAAAGUGUCAUCAGACAAGAUCAGUGGAGCAAAACAGAAAACUAGCUAGAAAAAUAAUGCAAGAAAGGUUAGACAUUCUUUACAAGGGAGAAGACAGUGAGCUUGUGAAAGAGAAACAUGAAGCUCAGAGACUAAAACAGGAAAAGAAAAGAAAAGCAAAAGAAAACCUUGAAAGAAAGAAACAUUUCAAGGAAGGACUUUCAAGUGACUUAGAUGAUGGACAUGUUUAACGUUUUUGUAAAAUGAAAGUAAGUUUUUGCACCAGGUGCACUUGAGCUACAUGACAUAGACAGUUGUGCUUUCCACUGCUACUCCAAGAAAUCCUUUGUCAUUUUAAACAAAUAGUGGGGUGUGUGAUGUUGCCUCUCAUUCUUAAUCAAAAACAAGUAGGGCAUCUGAGAAGAAUUGAAAUUAGUGUUAAAAAUCGUGGUGCUCUGAUGUGGCAAAUGGCUACACUAUUCACUUUUGUAAUAAAACAAUUUUUAUAUACACAAUAAAAGUCUUUGCUUAGA